AAAGACGCGCACGGGACACCGAGCCACACAGCACAGGGGGACACACGAUGGAGGACACCGACAAUAAAAAGCAGGACGCUGCAAGCCGAUUGCAGGAGACACAGUGCAGCAUGCAGGACGCAUUAAGCAUGAUGAAUGUGGCAGUACGCAAGAGGGAGGAAACAGCACGCAGGAUGCGAGACUCAAUGUUCAGCAUGCAGGACUCAGAAGACGACCUGUACACACCUUGCGUUUUGCAGUACACCGAUUUCCUCCGACUGCAUCAGACUAUAACACCCAGGCCUCCUAAAUCUAAGAAGUUUUUUCGUCUUCAGGCGGAGAGAGAAGAGACCAAAAACAUUCAGGGAAAAGCCAACACGCAGAUAAAGGAUUUGAAGUCCGGCCUGCAAGCUGUGCAAGAACAAAAGGACCUGAAGGAUGUCGAAAUGCAGAUGCGGCGCCACAUUAAAAAUAGUAGUUACCUGAAGCACAACAUGGAGCAGCGGUGCAUUGCGGUGAAGAAAAUCCAAACCUGCCAGGAAAAGAAUGAACAGAUCCGAGAACUCUUAAAUGAGUUAAACAGGGAAAUCAUUGCUCUGAACAAACAUCACCGGCAGCUUAAAAAGCAAAUGCAGAACUGCAUCCAUGGCGAAUAUAUCAGUGCCAUUUUAAAGGAUAGUAAACAGUUUCAGGAGGCGAAAGAACUGAUCGAACAUUUCACAAAAGCUAAACGAUUACAUGACGAACUGUUGAAGAACAUGCAAAGCAAGCAGGCAGAAGUGGAUAAAUCACAAUCGGAGACUAAUCGCAUUAGGGAGGAAUACUCUUUUACACAAGGAGGAAAUGUGAUUAAGAUACAACAGCUGAAACUGGAACUUGGAGAUUCUAUUGGCAGUGUUAAAGCAGUGGAGAAACGAUUUAAGGAAUUACACAAGUUAUCUGACUGGAAGACCAUGGAGCUGGGGAGAAUUAGUAGGGCUAUCUACGAAAUGUCAAGAUAUCUGUGGAAGAUGGGUAUGUCAGGGACAAUGAACGUAGAAGAGACUGCUGCACUGCUGGAUAAGAUUAUGGAGUUUAUUCAUGAUCUAAGGUCACUUUGGGAGAGGAAAGAAGCCGAAAAGGACAACCCUACUAAAAAAGAAAACAAAAAGAUAUUCUAAUCCAAACAUUACAGAUGGUUCAGUUUCACAGCUAAGCAUCGGGGAUGUUGUCGAAAUAUCUUUUAAGAGUCUUUGAAUCAAGAUCUGAUUUAAAAACGCUUGUUACAAGGGACAUCUGAAGUGAAGAGCUCCCAUAGAACUUCGACACCGGCUUCAUUAGUUGAGUUGCAUGAAAGAUGAUGGGCAAAAGAAAAAACCUCAGACCAUUAGAGAUAAAAGUGCUUGUAAACAGCUUUUAUGACCUAAUAACAUGGCAGUUAGGAGGCAAGCUCAACUAAUACAACACAAAUAUUAAUAAAAUUUAUCACAGA